UUGACACAGAGCAAAAGGCAACAACAGGUACACAGCACCUAUGCACCUGCCUCCUCAUGCACCUGAGCCGUGAGAGCCGCUACCCCUUCCUUCCCCCAGCACAGGAGCUCAGCCACACAGCCUGUCUGUUGCUGCUAGUGGCCCAGAGCCAUCACCUCUCAUUGCUCCUGCUGGGGCAGCUCCCCAGGCUGACGGCUCCCCAGGAGACCUGAAUGCACCCAGCCAAGGACUGAAGGGAGGUCUUUGAAGAAGCAGAAACAAGUUCCAUUUGCUACAGCCAGGAGGAGCAAACAUGGCUGAGAAUAACUACAGCUGGUGGAAGCUGACCUUCCUGCGGAAAAAGAAAUCUGCCCCCAAAGUCCUGUAUGAGAGCCCAGACAUCUAUGCCAACGAGAACCAGCAGGAGGGCACACGGGCAGAGGCAGGCGGUGGCAGCGAAACCAACUGUGAAUUCAAUGCCCGGCUGGAGAAGAUUGUGGAUAAGAACACAAAGGGCAAACAUGUCAAGGUGUCCCACUCAGGGCGCUUCAAAGAGAAGAAGAAGGUGCGAUCCACACUGGCAGAAAACCCCAACCUCUAUACUGAUGGUGACCGAGAGGAGAAGUGAGGCAAGGGAAGACAGCAUGGGGGAAAAUCAGUGCUGUAAGGCAAGGACCUUUCUAAAUCUUAGUCAGCCUAGAUGUCAAUUUUGUUCCAUCUGCAAAUGAAGUAAUGAGGGGCAUGUGCCCACACUAUCAAUUUCAGACUUUGGUCCUGAAGUGCACUUGAGGAGGAGAAGACUUUAUUUUUUUUUUAUUUAAAACAAACUAAUCAUAUUUAAAAUAAAUCCAACUGGGUGAUUGUCACAACUGGAGUCACCAGGGUCUCUCUCUGAAACCUGGCAGGUGCAGCUAAGGCUGACAAAACCCAGCAGAUCAGAGGCCUCUUGGAAAUAUCCCCAUCCCAACAUCAACCUGCCCAGAGAAGCCAGUUAAUGCAUAGGUGGGGAAGGGGAAAGAGUAGUUUCUCAAAUGAGCAGUGUGAUUCUCCACUCUGUUCAAUGACACCCAUGGGAAGAGAACUGAGGGCUGCUGGCAAGCCGUUUUAGGAGGACUUCCCCUUGGGGAUUUCCCAGAGAGUUGUCUUUUUUCACUAUGACAUUUGAAAGGUAAAUAUAGGGACAGCUGGCAGGUAGGAAAAAGAUGGGAAGGGAAUCUCAGCCAGGAUGAUAGCAUAAUAGCAUGUAGAUUCCCCGGAUAGGGAACCAAGAGAAAUAUUUGACCUCAAGCAGUUGCCAGAUAAACUGCACCACUGUGAAUGGACUUGAGACUAGAAGCUAGAAACACAGACAGCAGCCCUUUUUCAUGUGAGCUACAGGAGAGUCAUGCUUAGCUCUGUUGUCUUUCAGCUGCUAGAAAGUGACCACCGAGCCCUUCUGACUCCUCUCCCAAUUCCAUUAACAGAAGAAACAGCUGCCACUGGGGUGGGUUAGGAGACUUCAAACCUGGUUUACAGCCCCUGAGAGGCUAUUUUUGCUUACUGUUUUUUCUUCAUUGUCUGAUGGACAAAGCAAAAAACAGCUGGACUCCAAUUAAAAUGACUCUGAAAAAGAGGAGGCCAGAGUCUCCUGCUUCACAUAGGAUCCCUGGGAAUGAGAACACUUCAGUUCUGUCACCAGCUCUGCUACUGAUCCUGCAUUCAACUAUGGGCAAGUCACUCUCCCUUGCAGUGCUUCAGUUUCCCCCUCUGAGCAAGAAGGGAUAGUUUUAGAGUCACCAACCUGGCUGCUAACUUCCAAGUUUUCUUCUGUGGAGGUGAAAAAUGUUAGAAACCUUGUUCCCAGCAAGCAAAGUUAAGGUUAUUUUUUAACUCCUUUUUCUGCAUUUUGCUGCCUCUGCCUGGCUACUGAACAUGUAACCUUGCAGUCUGGGUGGACUUUAGCAGAAAAGUUCCUAAUAGCUUACCCAUCAAGCCAUUUCACAUACAAAGUGCACAUAAUUUGUUAAACUUGGUGCGUGGGGAGGAGCUGCUGACGAUGUGUAGCUUCCAACAGAGUUGGCAAAAGACACGACAUAGAACUCACUCCUUGAUCUUCUAGUUGGGCUACUGAAGUGAAGAUUCAUUGGCCUUGUUCAUUUCCAAGAAGCAUUUCACUGCUAGUGUCUUAGAGCCCUUGAUCUUUGUUCCUUGCUAUUUGUUUGUGCUCGCCACCAACAUGGAGGGUGGGUUGUUAAAAGGUGAAUUUCUUCCUCAUGCUGUUGUGGCCAACAGCAGCUCACCAACAGCAGGGCAUAGGCCCAGACUGCAGUUCAGUGGGGGAUGGGGUAAGUGCUCAUACCCUCUGGAGACAAACUGUGUCUGUAGCUGGUAGUUAAGGUUCAUUGCUGCAGCUUGGAUCGUUCUAUUUUUUUUUAAAGACGCGUCUUUUGUAAGUUUGUAAAUGUUCUUUGUUAAUAAAACAGGACUGGAAACAAA